AGGGAGCCCAGACUGGACAGGGACUCACACACACUUCAGCAUCACCAGACGCAAGAUGAGGAGGUGACAGACUUCACUGGACUUUACUUCAACAGCAACAACAACAACAACAGCUUCUACACAACAAAACAGAGUGCAGUGGAAGAAGACCUUGACCAGCACUGAAAUACAAGAGGAGGAGAAGAAAAAAAAACAUCGGAAAAACGAUUUGAACUCAGCUCAACUAAAAAGAACAUUUGUGUUUGGGAGUUUUUGGGGCAGCAGAAUCCCUCAGGAUUUCAGAGAGACGCGACUCAGAAGUUGACUUCUAUCACAGACUGAAUUUAAUGGAGGAUACCAUCUUAAACAUUUCCAUGGUGCCAUCCUCAUCACCCACAGACUCCCCGAGGAGCAACUCCACAGAGGACAGCCAAGGAGGUAAAAGUCCGGCUCCUGGGAAGACCCUGAGCACAGGCAUGCUGUGUAAGGUGUGUGCAGACACAAGCAGUGGGAAACACUAUGGUAUCUAUGCCUGCAAUGGCUGCAGUGGUUUCUUCAAGCGCAGCGUGAGACGCAGACUUAUCUACAGGUGCCAAGCUGGAACAGGCAUGUGUCCAGUCGACAAAGCCCACCGGAACCAGUGCCAGGCUUGCCGCUUAAAGAAAUGCCUUCAAGCUGGAAUGAACAAAGAUGCUGUCCAGAACGAGCGUCAACCUCGCAGCACAGCUCAGGUCAGGCUGGAUUCGCUGGACGUGGACACAGAGAAGGAGCACCUGGCCACCACCCGGGAGCCCACGUCCUCCUCUUCUGCGUGCUCUGUGAUCAGCAGGCCUCUCCUGGCCUCCACCAUCAGCUCCAGCAUCACCUCCUCUGGCCAAAUCCAGCGCUGCAGCAGCCCCAAGAACGGCCAUCGCUUCAUGGCCAGUCUGAUGACUGCAGAGACCUGUGCCAAGCUGGAGCCUGAGGAUGUGGAUGAGAAUAUUGACGUAACCAGCAACGAGCCUGAGGGGAGCUCUCCAGAGUGCAACACAUCACUCUACUCGUAUUCUGGUCCUGAGAGUGUUUACGAGACCUCAGCUCGCCUGCUCUUCAUGUCCGUCAAAUGGGCAAAAAACCUGCCAGUGUUCUCCCACCUGCCCUUCAGAGACCAGGUGAUUCUACUAGAGGAGGCCUGGAGUGAACUUUUCCUCCUCUGUGCCAUCCAGUGGUCCCUGCCGCUGGACAGCUGCCCCCUGCUCUCCCUGCCAGACCUUUCUCCACCCUCUCAAAGCAAGAGCAGCCCCUCCGCGUCUGAUCUCCGCCUCCUGCAGGAGGUCUUCAGCCGCUUCAAAGCCCUGCAGGUGGACCCAACUGAGUUUGCCUGCUUGAAAGCCAUUGUUCUUUUCAAGCCAGAGGCACGUGGCUUGAAAGACCCUGAACAGGUUGAGAAUCUGCAGGACCAGUCUCAAGUAAUGCUCGCUCAGCAUAUCCACACACUCUACGCAAGCCAGGCAGCAAGGUUUGGAAGACUACUGCUGCUCCUCCCCUCCCUCCACUUUGUGAGCUCAGAGAGGAUCGAGCUGCUCUUUUUUCACAGAACCAUCGGGAACACCCCCAUGGAGAAGCUACUCUGUGACAUGUUCAAGAACUAAAACACAAGAACUGAUUUGUUUGUAGAGAGAGUGCUAUCCACACUGAUUAAUACAAGCAUUCAUCAUGUAGGUGCUUCCUUCCCUCACUGCUUUACUAGUGAAAAGCUGCAAUGCCUAUCAGUUCAAUUGAAUCCUAAAAAGAACACCAUUCUUCACCAUUCAUGACUUAUUUGUAUUUUUAAUUUGUUUUCUUAACUGCUAACAAUCUUAUGCAUCUUUAUUAUAUGAAUUAUCUUAUUUAGGUAGAGCGCUUUCUAUCCUGGGACAAUGAAAGUAAAUGCUUAACUGCCUUCUGUGCUUUUUAUAACACAACUUUAUUUUUAAAAAAAGCUUUUAACUGUAGGGCAAUUCUUGUUUUUGUACCCAAAGACAGUAUUUUUACUAAGCUCACAGACAUGCCUCUUUGUAAUAAUUCAAAUAAAAUUUAUGAUCUUGUCUGAAAAAAAAAA